AUGCUUCCCCGGCUGCGGGGAGUCCUGCGGCCCGUCCUCUACCUGAGAACCGGAAGGGGGCCGUUCCAAGCCGGUCUCACGAACCAACAAGCGGAACCCGCGGUAUCUAUGCCGGGAGUUCCGAUCGCAGAGCUUCCACCUUCCGCGCUUAUUCAACGGCGUCAUCUCGGCACCCACCCGCUGAAGGAGCCGGUGGAGCCCCUCAACUCCCCCCGUGGAGCCAAAGAGUUUAUUUAUAGCCUCCAUCCGUCUGAACGCACCUGCCUGCUGAGAGAACUGCACAGGUUCGAAUCAAUUGCCAUAGCUCAAGGGCAGCUUGACAUUGCACCACCUACUGCAGCACAAUUAAGAUAUGUUCUCCUGCACAAUGCACUCCCUUUUGUUGGAUUUGGAUUUCUGGACAACUGCAUCAUGAUUGUUGCCGGUACACAGAUUGAAUUGUCCAUUGGUGUGAUUCUUGGUAUUUCUACUAUGGCAGCUGCUGCUCUCGGCAACUUGGUGUCUGAUCUGGCAGGACUCGGACUAGCAGGAUAUGUGGAGGCCUUGGCAUCUCGACUGGGGAUGCAGAUUCCAGACCUGAGUCCAAAGCAGGCCGACAUGUGGCAGACCAGAGUCAGCUCGCACUCGGGUAAAGCCAUCGGCGUCGGCAUCGGCUGCAUCCUUGGCAUGUUCCCGCUCCUCUUCUUCAAUGACGAUGACGACAAGAAAGACGCCAAGAAGGACGCCAACGAUAACAAGACACAAACAGCCGCCAAGGACAACAGCAAGUGA